AUGCUGAAUAUCGCUACACAUAUGGACUUUGAGGGCCAAGGAAGGGCCGAGAAGCUUUCCCGCAUCAUCAUUACGCUGUUCGGUACGGUAGGACUAGUGUGGGGCUACAUUAUCCAGCAAUUUUCUCAAACGGUGUACAUUCUCAUUGCCGGAGUUUUGCUGGCUUCGAUUCUCACCAUUCCACCAUGGCCAAUAUAUCGUAAGAAGCCCCUAAACUGGCAAAAGCCUCGCCCCGAUCCGCAAACAACGCAGAGCUCAUCGGAUGAAACUAAAAAGAAAAAGAAAAACUAG